GAGAUUGUUAGUCCCAUACUUUCAUCAGUAUUAGGUUAAUAAUGGCUACUUUGGAGUCACUUGCUACACUCUUGGAACAUUCGCUUGCUCCGCAACAUGCCCGUACUGCGGAGACCCAGCUCCGGACACACGAAACCGAGGCAGGGUUCCCGGUAACGUUGUUACAUGUAAUCUCAUCCACCAACUUAUCAUUACCAAUCCGUUUAGCAGCAGCAGUAUUUUUCAAGAAUUUGGUUCGUAGAAGAUGGGUUAAUGAAGAUGGUCAACAUUUGUUUGCCCCAGAAGACGUCACGUAUGUUAAGGGAGAAAUUGUCAACGUUAUGAUCAAACUUCCAAACACCCUUCAAACCCAAUUGGGAGAAUCCAUUUCAAUCAUUGCUGAGUCAGAUUUCCCUCAUAAUUGGGAAGGACUUAUAGAUGAACUUGUAGCAAAGUUCCUGCCCACAGACUUUGUUGCCAACAAGGCCAUUUGUGUGGUUGCCCAUUCAAUUUUCAAGAAAUGGAGACCUCUUUUCAGAUCAGAUGAACUUUUCUUGGAAAUUAAACAUGUCUUGGACAAGUUUUCACAACCUUUUUUACAAUUAUUGAUCAAGGUUGAUGAGGAAAUCGAUAGAUCUAUUGCUAGUAACGAUUCUGCCUCAUUAAACUUGUAUUUGGAGAACUUACUUGUGCUUAUUCAAAUCUAUUACGAUUUGAAUUGUCAAGAUAUUCCUGAAUUUUUCGAAGAUAAUAUGAAUGCUGGGAUGGCUCUCAUGCACAAAUAUUUGGUGUUGGAAACUCUGCUUGUUGGGGAUGCAGAUGAUGAUGAAGAUGUGGAUCUUCUUAUCAAAAUUAAGACUGCCAUCAUUGAAUUGGUAUCUCUUUAUAUUAGUAGAUAUGCCGAUGUAUUUGAAUCAUUGAUUGAGAACUUUAUCACCACUAUUUGGAAAUUGAUCAAUACCUAUGUCACCAAACAGUCCAAAUUCGAUUUACUUGUGGUGAAAUCAUUGGCGUUUUUAACCUCAGUAACCAAAAUGGUUCAAUAUCAAGGCUUAUUCAACAAUGAACCAGCCAUUAAGGAAAUCAUUGAAAAAAUCAUCUUACCCAAUAUCUAUUUCAGAGAAGUCGAUGAGGAAAUGUUUGAAGAUGAACCAAUUCAAUACGUUAGAUCAGAUUUGGAAGGUAGUGAUUUCGAUACCAGACGGAAAAGUGCCACUGAUUUCUUGAGAGAAUUGAAAGAAGUCAAUUCUGAGUUGGUCACCAAGACUGUCAUGGAGUAUGUCACGGGAUUCUUGAACAACUCCGGUGCCGGAGAUUGGAAAAAUAAGGAUAUAGCCAUUUAUCUUUUCAGUUCAUUAGCUGCAAAGGGAUCUGUCACCGGGGUAGGGGUCACCUCAACCAAUGUUCUUGUUGAUGUGGUUAAAUUUUUCGCAGAAAACGUUGCCAAUGAUCUUAUGAACACCACCAUUCAUCCUAUCUUGAAAACUGACGCCAUCAAGUACAUUUUCACCUUUAGAAACCAACUCACAAAGCAACAACUCAUCGAGACUUUCCCCAUGUUAUUCAGCCAUUUGCAAGAUAAAAACCCCGUGGUUUACACAUACACCGCCAUCACCAUAGAGAAAUUGCUCUCGAUGACCAACUUUAACGAUACAACCCAUUCCCCUGUUUUUUCCAAACAGGACAUCCAACCCUUUUCCACUGAUUUGUUGACUCAUUUAUUCCAAUUGAUCCUUCAACAUCAAGCACCAGAAAAGCUUAGUGAGAAUGAAUUUCUCAUCAAAUGUAUCAUGAAGGUGUUGCACAACUCUGAAGAUUGCAUCGAUUCAAACUUUAGAAUGACCUUGAUCGAUCAACUCUUGAAAAUCUUACAGAUCAUUUCCAGAAACCCAUCGAAUCCGAAAUUCUCUCAUUAUAUCUUUGAAUCGUUAGGGUUAUUGAUAAAGUACUCUAAUAAUACUUCGAAUCAAGAAAUUGAAAUGAUUUUACCUCCCUUACUCUCCAUUUUGGGCGAUGAUGUUCAAGAGUUUGUCCCGUACACUUUCCAAAUCCUUGCCUUUUUAUUGGAAGUUUACCCCGACUCACAACCUUUACCAGACAGUUACAAGCAACUCAUCAAGCCAUUACUCGCUCCUGCAGUCUGGGAAUUCCGUGGUAAUGUCCCGGGGAUUUCCAGAUUAUUAAUUGCCAUUUUAAAGCAAGACCCAUCUACAUUCUCUCUGAGUGAACAAAGUUUGACCCCUUUACUCGGGGUUUUCCAAAAGCUUAUUGCUUCCAAGGCCAAUGAUUCAUAUGGAUUCGAGCUUUUAGAAUCUAUUCUCCUCAACAUCCCAUUGAAUGUCUUGCAAAAUUACAUCAAGCAAAUCGCCGUCUUACUUCUUACAAGAUUGAAAACUUCAAGAACGGAAAAAUACGUCAAAAGAUUUGUAGUGUUCAUUUUCUCCUUGUCAUGUAUCCCCUUGAAUGAUGACUUGAAAUCAAAAACCCAUGGAUUUAUCGAUGCAGACUUUGCUGUCAAUUUCAUUGAUUCGGUGCAACCAGGGGUCUUCCAACAGAUCUUCAAUUCAUUCAUCUUACCCACAUCUGGAGCCUAUGCAAACUUGCAAGAUAAAAAAAUAGCCACGCUAGGAUUACUGGAAAUCAUCAACUCUACUCAUUUCACUCAGGGUAACUACACUAGUUUGACUGUAUCCACAAUUGAAAAGCUUUUGAACAACGUUCAAGGAUUGGGUGGGUUGGCCAAGAGUUCUUCCGUAGCUGCUACUGCCGCCGCCGUGGGCGGUACCGUGUCUGGACAGCAAGCAGUAGCUAUCAACGAGUUAGAUUUGGAAAGUCUGGCAUUUGGAUCUCAAUUUUCCAAGAUUGUGUCGAUUCAACAAGGUGCCUUUGACCCUAUCCCAUCGAUCAGAAGCAACGACCAAGCAGCAAUCAAGAACGCUGUGGUUAUGAAUUUGAAGAAAUUGCAGACCACGGGUAUAUUCGCCCAAUUGGAUCAAACCAGUCAACAUUCUUUGAAGAGCUUGGGAUUCUAACGAGAAGAAGAAAACAACAAAUAAUCAAAUAAAAAACAUUUCUUGUGCAGAGAGCUAGUGCAAGAAAGGU